UUGAAUAAAAUCCGAGCAGUUUCUAGUUACUUUCCUUUGAUUACUUUAGUUGAUUUCUAAUAGUUUUACAAACAGUACAGUUACAUCUUGAGGUCAAGUUUAUUUGAGUCGAUCGUUUUGUUACUGCUCGUAAAUACUGCUUAGAAAAUCAGAUUUCGCGUAUUUUCAACGUCAUUUUGUAGUUGUAUUUUUCGUGAUAGAAUUGUCUAAUUCACUCCGCACACACUCUGCUUAAUACAAAUCAUCUCUGUUCAUAUUUUCCGUUCUGUCGUACUUCGCACUAGACGAUUAAAGAACGUCAGGCGAACAUAAACAUCGCUUACGUUUUUAUCAGUUUCGAGUGUUUUUGUUGCGCUUUCUUUGCAAAAAAAAGUAGUUUUUUUUCAAAUAGCAAAAUGUUUCCGCGUCAACGCGUUGUAAAUCUACUAAACACAGUUCAUAAAAGCUCUUGUCAGUGCCCGGCUCAUUCACAAUCUCACGCUACCAGCAAUGCGAAAGAUUAUGCGUUUGAAAUGUUUUCAUCGACCGUAAGGUAUGGUGUUGGUGUAUCAAAAGAGAUCGGUGCCGAUCUUGCAAACCUACAUUCAAAAAACGUUUGCAUUUUCACCGACAAAAAUGUUGGCCAGCUAAAAUCGGUCAUUCCGGCCUACGAUUCUUUAGUCAAGAAUGGAAUCAAAUUCAAGGUUUUCGAUGCGGUGAGAAUUGAACCAACCGAUAAAAGUAUGUGGGAAGCCAUUGAAUUCUCUAGAAACAACGAGUUUGAUGCUUACGUUGCUAUCGGUGGCGGAUCUGUCAUCGAUACGUGUAAAGUAGCAAAUCUUUAUGGUUGUGAUAGAGAUGCAGAAUUUCUGGAUUACGUUAAUGCUCCCGUUGGAAAGGGUAAAGCUGUUAGUGUGCCGUUAAAACCUAUGAUUGCCAUACCCACAACGUCCGGGACGGGUGCGGAGACAACUGGCGUUGCAAUAUUCGAUUACAAAGCGUUACACGCAAAAACGGGCUUCUCAAGUAAAUUCUUGCGACCAAUUUUAGGUUUAGUCGACCCAUUGCAUACGCUGCAUUUACCGGAAAAAGUUGCCGUCUACUCGGGCUUCGAUGUUUUCUGUCAUGCCCUAGAGAGUUUCACCGCCCUUCCGUACACCGAACGAGAACUGCCGAGCAAUCCAAACCUUCGGCCAACCUAUCAAGGAAGUAAUCCUAUAUCGGACGUCUGGGCACGUUUCGCUCUGGAAACUAUUAGCAAACAUUUCAAAUCGUCCGUAUUCCAACCGGAUAAUUUAAAAGCCAGAAGUAAUAUGCAUUUAGCAUCCACGAUGGCUGGCGUUGGAUUCGGUAAUGCAGGCGUGCAUCUUUGUCACGGCAUAUCGUAUCCCAUAUCGGGUUAUGUGAAAUCGUUCAAACCAAAGGACUAUAACUGUGAUCAUGCUAUCAUUCCGCAUGGACUGUCGGUUGUAAUGACUGCACCGGCAGUAUUUAGAUUUACAGCCUCGUCUUGUCCUGAAAGGCAUUUGGAAGCGGCCAAAAUAUUGGGUGCUGAUAUAUCGAAGGCUAAAUUGAGCGAUGCUGGACUGAUUUUAAGCGAUGUUAUCCGAAAGUACAUGUACGAGCUAAACAUCGAGAAUGGCUUGACUGCCCUUGGAUUCACUACCGAUGACAUAGACAAUCUAGUCAAAGGAACAUUGCCACAGGAACGGAUAACGAAAUUAGCACCGCGACCUCAAUCGAAAGAAGACCUGUCGCAAAUAUUGGCAGACUCAUUUUCAAUUUACUAAUUUCGCUAACAUGUUUUUGAUUUGUGCCACAUUGGAUCGAAUAAAUUAAAACGCUUUUGUGUGUUGAACAAA